AUUGGUGGGUUUUUGUGUCCUAAACUCUUCUAUCUACUAUUCUAUCUAUUCUAUUGUUUUCUUUCAUCUCACAAUCACAUAACAAUUAUUUCUUUUUUAAAAAUAUUAAAAAAAUAAAAUUUCACAUUAUUAUUAUUGAAGAACAGAGAAAAAAACUUGUGAGGUUUUUGUGUUUCACUUCGGAAUUCCGUUUAGAUCUCAAGCAUUCUCCGACAAUUUUCCUAGUUUGUACUUUUUUUUCUUCAUUUGUCAGAGACAGAAUGGGUUACCUCGGAUUUUUCCUUACGUGAUCACAACUUGAUUCAUCGGAUCGUUUUUCGAAUGUUGUUUUUCCAAGAGUGACGAGGAUCUGUUGAGUUGAUGCUUCUGGUUAUUUGAUGAGAGAUUUAUGUUUAAAUUAUGGUGUUUAAGAAGAGGGCAAAUAAUGGAUUCACUGGCUUUCAAGUUCCCGUUAUUCCUCGAGCUCCUAGAUCUGCAAGACGGAGGGGCCCAUUGAAAAAAACGGUUGACGAUGGUCAGGUUUGCGCGUUUGAAAUAUUGGCAUCUAUAGCUGGGAAGCUAUUGGAGGAGGGUGAAAGUUCGGCGUCUAGCAAUGCUUCAGAAGGAAAUAGCCAAGGCGUUAUUGUGGAAAAUCGACAAGAUGAAGUUAAACCAUUGAUAACGGAGGGUAUUCACCCGGGAAGCUGUAUAGAGAGUAUUUUCACAAGAGAGGUAGCCUCAGAAAACCGUGAUCAGAAACCUAUUCUGCACGCCAAGUCCGAUUUUUCAUCGGAAAAAGGUGAAAAAGCUAAUGUGAAGACCGAAACUGUUGAAUCGGAUGAUAAAUAUGUGAGUUAUACUAAUAGAUUAGUAGUAGAAGCACCUGAAAAUUUCAGGGAGUCUUAUAACAGGAAAAUAAAGAAAGGAUUCAGAUCCGAUAAAUAUGGUUUGAAAGACCGGUUGGAAUUGUAUAUGUCUCCUUCUCUGGUCGACUCGAAAGUUAAUGUAAAAUAUCCAUUUCAUAGGAAGCCAUUUCCCACUAAUUCCUUUACCAAGGAUGGGAAUGACAUUAAGUUAGAUUUUAGAGAUGAUGACGAAAACUUUAUAAGGUGUACAAAGGUUUGCGCCAAGUCGAAGACUUUUAGGUCCCCACGACGCAUGGCACACCGCAGAAUCAAGAAUCUGCUGUCUUCUAAAUACUGGAACGUUGCUCCAAAAUUGAAGGACUGUGAACUUUCUAGAUCUGAUCUAGAAGUACCUCUUUAUCGUAAGAGGAAGACUUCUCAUGGAUCCGACAAAUCUCGCCACAACACUAUUAUUAAGCGGAGGAAAUUCUUUGACCGGGUUUCUGGUGUAACUUCUGAUGGAGGAUUCAGCAGUGAAAGUGUGUCUAAUUCGCCCGAGAAAGGAAAUGAUGGACACAAGCCUAGCUCUUCUGCAAAAAUACAAGUGACCGAGGAAUCUCGUGUGAAGUUUAGCAUCAAGUCAUUUAGAAUACCGGAGCUUUACAUCGAGGUUCCCGAAACUGCAACCGUCGGUUCACUAAAGAGGACAGUCAUGGAGGCGGUAAUGGCUAUAAUCGAAGGUGGUAUGCAUGUCGGUGUUCUUCUUCAGGGUGAAGCAAUCGGAGAUGACAAUAGAACACUUGAGCAGACAGGUUUAUCUUGCAAUGAGAAUCUCGAUACCCUUAGUUUCAUGUUGGAGCCUAGUUCAAUACUAGCGUCUCCAGUUUCUUGUAUCGGUGAUCCUUCUUCUCAAUGCGAUACAUCCGAACCUACCAGGUCUCCAGAAACUCUUGCGUUAGAUUCAGGGAUAACCGAUACUAUAGAUGACUCCAAUUUGCCGAUAAUUCCAGGAAACCUAGUGGAAAAUAACCAUGAUUCUGCUUAUUCUCCCACUGACACCAUAGUUGACAAGAUAACACCAGAUUCCAAAGCGAUAGUUGCUCUUCCGGCUAGUAACGAAGCAUUAGCUGUGGUACCGCUGAGUCAGAAAAUCAAGCGUUCUGAGUUUGUUCAUCGUCGAACCAGGAGACCGUUCUCUGUGACCGAGGUUGAAGCACUUGUUCAUGCAGUUGAAGAACUCGGGACUGGAAGGUGGCGCGAUGUUAAGUUGCGAGCUUUUGAUAAUGCAGAUCAUAGAACUUAUGUUGACCUAAAGGAUAAAUGGAAAACACUAGUGCACACUGCAAAAAUCUCCCCUCAACAAAGGAGAGGAGAGCCAGUACCUCAGGAGCUGUUGGACAGGGUUUUAGGAGCACAUGCUUAUUGGUCCCAGCACCAAAUCAAGCAACAUGGGAAACAUCAAAGUGGAACAUUGAAGAUUACAGAAGCUUCAGCCGAAAGGGUGUCGAUUCAGGUGUAGAAAAAGACUUGUGUAUUGUUGAACAGGAAAAAGAAAAGGAAAGACAAAACUUGUACAUUUUGAUUUAAUUUCUUGUAAUAUUCUCACACCAAAUUCUUUGCCAACCGUCAAUUGCUUUUGUGUUGGUAUUUUGUAAAUGAUUUGAUGCAAUAAAGAUUACUCUAACAGGAA